AUGGAUACCGGUGAGGUCGACGAACUUGCCGAACCUCAGCCAAUGACUCCCGUGGAAGACUUGGUGAUGACGUCAUCACCAUCUUCCCAAAAUGGGGGUCCAAGUACCUCAGAAACUACGCCACCGUCUGUGGAGCCUGCUCGAUCAUCGGCGGCUACUCAGACAGAAAAAUCUCUCGACUGGCCGAAGUUGUGGUCUGACUCGGCCGGAAAUCACAAUGAAUUGAUCGCCACUGAGCCGGACCCGGUUCCAACUGCCGUCCGAGCUGAUCUAGUGAAAAAAGCGAAGGACGCACGAAAAUUACUUGUCCUUAACGGCAGAGUAUGCGCCACCGGUGCAGCGAACGAUCGCUGCAAGGUGCUUUCGCACAGAGUUCUCUCAAUUCUCGCUGAAAAUGCGGACGUUCUGCAUACUAAGACUUUCCGAGAAUCCGAUAAGAUGAAAAAUCUUAUCGGCAUCGCUCAGCUCCUAUACCACAGCGAGAGUAAGUACUCCAGCGUAGCGCACCAUGUGCUGAAAAGCAGCCUUGACAGCGUCGAAAAACGUCAAGCCCGGUUUUACGAGGGUAAAGAACCCAGUGUUGUCAUCAAAGACACUCCGCCGGCUGACCGUGCUCCAAAAGCCGACGCAAAACCCGCUGCUCUGCCCGGCAAGACCUUCUGGAAUCCCCAGUGCAGACUCAUCCAGGAGGAGGCUUCGACGUCGAAGUCCUCUUCUGGCUCAGCAUCACCGUUAGUGGCUCCUCGGCCGCUCACAGCUACGCCUACCCAUCGAUCAUCCACCCAGACGACUUCAUCUGGCUCUGGCUGGUCGAUUCCAGCUUCCAAUGACAAUGGCUGGGGCUCUAGUUCUUCCACAGACUGGUCCCAGCCGGUUACUACGACUUCUACUGGAUGGAACACGCCGGCGGACCCGAAGCCGGCUUCUUCAACUCAGGACGAGGGCGCUACAGCUUCUAAGAUUGCAUCCUUGCAGGAGCAACUGGACGCUCUCCGAAAAGAAAUGAAAAACGGCGGCUCCGACCGACCCCGCCGCGGAGCUCAACGAGGGCGCAACUUUGGUCGCGGCCGUGGUUACCGCAUUCGAUGCUCUCCCUCUCCGCUUACUAAUCAUAAAAGACCUCAUGAAGAGAUUUCAAAUAAUUUACAGAAGGAUGAGGAAGAUUGGAAGAAAACUGCACUUGAGUGGAAACGAAAAUACGAGAUUUUGGAGGGGAAACACGCGAAAACGCAGGAAGAAUUACACGAGCUCAGGAGACUCGUAGAGGGAUUCUAUCUCAACGCGCUUCAACUAAAGCAGAAGAAUCCAUCUUUCAAAUGA